AUGAGCUGGCUUGCGAGCCAGAUAACUUAUUCAGCUUGUAUUGAGGUGGCCAUAAAAAAUACAGCUGGUAUACAUGUGGCUAAUUUAGAACUAAAUAGAGUAAAAGAUAAUUCUUUGAAAGAUAAAACUAAAAAAUUAAGUACAAUAGCUGGUAUUACCAAUUGGAAUGAAUGGGUAUGGUUCGAUGAAGGUGUUGAAAAAGAUGUAUUGUUGCACAACCUUUACCAGGGAUUGGUUCUUGGAUAA